CUGAGAUGGAUAGCCAUUCUGAAGAACAGACUGGUUUUGAGAUAGCGAUUGUGGUACCAAAGAGGAGUUCUAAGGAAGGAGAUGAUAGCUGUAAUUGGGUUGAGUUUUUGAUGUUUGAAUUGCAGAAAGUGGGAUUGAUUGUUGAGAAAGUCACUGGGCUUUCAGAUGAAUUUAUUAAGUUGGCAGCACCUUUGGAGACAUUGGGGAGAGCUGCAGCUGAGUUGCAGAUAAGAAAGCUUACUUCCAUUGGAAUGGAUUUACAGUUUGAAUGGGAUGAGGUUGAUGCAUUCGUGAGGCAGCCUGAUGGUUCAUUGUUUAGUUGGUGUGAGCGGUUCCACUGCUUCCAUCACAUUAUUUAUGGAAUUGUAAACAGGAAGGAGUCGGUUGUUACUCUAAAUUUUGAUGGAAAAGAAUUUGGGUGGAAACCAGGGGAAUCUCUACUAACAAUGUUGCAAUCUGAAGGUGUUGUCAAACAGGUUUUUCCUCUCCAUGAUGAAGCAAAGAGGAAGCAGCUCUUAAGGAAUUGGGCACUACAUUGGAGGGAUGUCACACAUCAACCGAUUGAUGAGAUUUACUCAUAUUUUGGGACAAAGAUUGCAACAUAUUUUGCUUUUCUUGGAAUGUAUACACGGUGGAUGUUCUUUCCAGUAGCGUUUGGAGUUACUCUGCAGUUGUUUGAUUUUGGAUCAUGGCAGCUAUUGGGACUUCCAAUUUUCUUCAUAUGCAUUACAUCGUGGGCUGUAUUGUUCUUUCAGUUCUGGAAGCGUAAGAACUCUGCUCUUUUAGCCAGAUGGCAGAAAAGUUAUUUAGCGGAAGUGGAAAGGAACUCCGUCCAGUCCUCUGUGGAGCUCAUGAAGAAAUCAGGGACCAAUAACAAAAAAGAAGCUUUUCAAAGAGAUGAGUGGUUUGGUCAUCUUCUACGAUUCAGAAAUGAUGCAAUUGUUAUCUCAAGUAUAAUUUGUCUCCAAUUGCCGUUUGAGCUGGCUUAUGCUCAUCUAUAUGAAGUUCUUGGGUCCGAUGUGAUGAAGUUUGGGCUUACAGCUUUGUAUCUUUUUACAAUUCAGUAUCUCACUAAGAUUGGGGGCAAGGUUUCAGUCGAGCUCAUUAAACAUGAAACUGACAAAAGCACUGAAUAUAGGGCUGAUAGCUUGGUCUACAAGGUUUUUGGUCUAUACUUUAUGCAAUCAUAUAUUGGUCUGUUUUAUCAUGCCCUUCUGCACCGCAACAUCAUGACCCUCCGCCAAGUCUUGAUUCAACGUCUGAUUGUGUCUCAGGUGCUGCAGAAUAUAUUGGAGAAUUCCAUUCCAUACCUCCAAUACAGCUAUAAAAAAUAUAGAGCUGUUAGCAAGAAAAAACACGAGAGUGGAUCGUCAACAGGGAAGAUUCGUCUGGCUUCUAGAGUAGAAAAAGAGUAUCUAAAACCAGUUUACUCUGCCAGCAUUGGGGAAGAACUUGAAGAUGGUUUAUUCGAUGACUAUCUGGAGUUGACAUUGCAGUUUGGAAUGAUCAUGAUGUUUGCAUGUGCAUUUCCCCUCGCAUUCUCCUUUGCUGCCUUGAACAAUAUCACAGAGAUAAGGACAGAUGCACUGAAGCUGCUUGUCAUGUUUAGGAGGCCUGUUCCUCGUCCUGCUGCAACUAUUGGAGCUUGGCUGAAUAUAUUUCAGUUUCUUAUAGUUAUGUCAAUCUGCACCAACUGUGGGCUUCUCAUUUGCUUGUAUGAUCUUGAGGGUAAAUGGAGAAUGGAGCCAGGCCUAGCAGCUAUUCUCAUCAUCGAGCACAUCCUCCUGCUUAUCAAAUUUGGAUUCUCACGGUUUGUGCCAGAGGAACCUGCUUGGGUAAAACAAAACCGCGUGAAGAAUGCAGCACAAGCACAGGAAGUGUGCUCUAAACAACUUUUGAGGAGCAUCUCUGAGAGGAAAUAUAAUAGGGAUGAGUGAGACUCUACAAAGCUUCAAAGAAAGUUUCUGUUUUCCAUUAUGGAUGCAAAGACAUCUUGAUUUCCACGUCAAGAAUUAGAAGCUGAUGCCCUGGGCACUGUCACAGACUCAGUUGGGUAAUGAUAGCAGUGCACAGGGUCUAAUCUGGAAUUUUGAAAUGGUAAUGUAUGGAGUCGUCUGUUGUAGAUACACUGAAACUGGUUAGUUCUCCUGUGUGUGGAUUGUAGUGUUCGAGGGGUUGACUAGUGUAA